AUGGCCGGCUCGAGUCGUCGAACCGCGUUCACCGCCAUGGCCGCGUGCCUCCUGCUCCUCACAGCAAGCUCCGCGGCUCCGCGAGCGGCCGCGUUCCACGUGGCGCGGGAUGCGCGCGACGGCGAUGGCCGAAUCAGCAGCGUUCUCGAGUCUUCUUACGACCGCGACGCGGCGUUGGAGCGAGAAUCCACCUACGAGGAAGACGACGACGUGGCGCGAGCCGCCGGCUUUGCCACGACGCGUGGCGCGGGCCGUGAUCCCGCGGCGCUCAUCGCCACGUCAGCUGGCUUCGCAUACCCAAUGGCGGCUCCCAUAUACGUGGCCAAGUCGCAAUUGCCCACAUUGAUGUCACUCAAGGCCACGUGGUCCAAGUGGGCGGAUCUGAGCUCGUGGGACGGAUCCAAGCCGUGCGAUCAGUGGACGCGGAUCAAGUGCUGGACAGAUGGCACCAUCAGCUUGCGCCUUCAGCUUGCCCCUUCAGCUUGCCCCUUCAGCUUGCCCCUUCAGCUUGCCCCUUCAGGUUGCCCCUGUGUGUUUGUGCUUGCCUCUGCCUGUCUGUCUGCGGUCACAUGUGAUUUACCCCUCGCCCCGCGCCCCUCGCCCCGCGCCCCUCGCCCCGCGCCCCUCGCCCCGCGCCCCACGCUCCGCGCCCCUCGCUCCACGCCCCUCGCUCCGCGCCCCUCGCUCCGCGCCCCCAACAGGCGCAUGGAGAUGAGCGGGAUGGGCCUGCGGGGCAGUCUGCCGGGGAUCAUCGGCGACCUAACCACGCUGGAAGAGCUACUCGUUACCAAGAACUGGUUCACCCACGAGUUUCCCAACUACCUUUCUAAGCUCGUUCGGUUGAAGAACCUCCAAGUAUGGAGCAACUAUUUCAACCACACCAUUCCGCCCGGCCUUGGCAACCUGCGCAGCCUCUACCAGCUGCAUCUAAACAUAAACUAUUUCAAGGGUGGUAUUCCCAACACCUUCUCUCAACUCACCAACCUCUACCGCCUCUUUGUGUCGUCCAACCUCCUAUCCGGCACCUUCCCCAGCGUCAUAUGCACCAUGACCACGCUCAGAGAGCUGCGCAUCAGCGGGAACCAUUUCGAGGGCUCCAUCCCUCCCUGCGUGAGCCGCCUCAAACUGCUUUACUACAUGUACGUGGAUACCAACAGGUUCACAGGAAGGCUGCCCAAGUCCAUUGGCACCAUGACUAACCUGCAGAACCUCUUUAUCAAUCAGAACAGCAUUGCGGGCCCUCUCCCCGCCACCAUCACCCGACUAAGAAACCUGCGUAUCCUCUUCAUGAGCAGCAAUCCCAAGCUCACCGGCAGGCUGCCUCGCAAUCUGGGCAACAUGGUUGGACUCACAGACCUGGUGAUGGAGUUUUGCAACUUCUCUGGCCCCAUCCCACCAUCCAUCACUCGCCUCACGCGCCUGCAGAGACUCCUACUAGACAACAACUACUUUCGAGGCAUAGUGCCGGAGAACCUCAGCAGGCUAACAGACAUCACCAUCCUGUACCUGGAGCGAAACUUCCUCUACGGCACGUUUCCCAAGGGGAUAUCGCAGCUGCCCAAGCUGGCCUACCUCAAUCUGCACAGCAACCUACUGACAGGCCCCCUCCCCACCAACUUCCCCAGCACGCGCUUCAUAGAUUACGGCCAGUACAACCUGCGCAACAACUUCUUCAACGGUCCGGCAGUGGUCACCGCAGGUGGGCGGUCCUUCUGCCCCGUCAACCACACCUACACAGGAGUGUUCUUCGAGUCAUCUCUCGCUAAGAACUGCCUCACUUACCCUGCUGGGAGCCCGUGUGUUAAGGCCGGCUUAGUGCAGGUGCAAGUGCCUACGAAUGUGUGUAAGCGGUUUUGUAAUGCGGAUACGAAUACGUGCGGUGGGAAGGGGUACUGCUGGUUUGGUGGUGGUAGGGACCCGUCUUGUGAUUGCUUUAGGGGGUAUAAGCCAACGGCUGACAAGCAAUUGUGCGUGAAAGCUUGA